CGUGACUCAUGUGGGUGCUCCCUAGAUGGAAACAGGGAUGGAAUGGACUAGCAAUUUCAACAGCCUGGAAGGUCAAGAUACUUCAGAUUGAGUUCUCUUGAGGUAGUAUGGCAGCAGCGUUCCUAGAUGGCAAGGAUGCAAACUCUCUCCUCAAACGUUUUCCACGGGCUAAUGGCUUCCUGGAGGAGUUCCGGCCGGGCAACAUUGAGAGGGAGUGUGCAGAGGAGAGCUGCAGCUUUGAGGAGGCCAAUGAAGUGUUUGAAAAUAAGGAGCGAACGAUGGAGUUCUGGAAAAAUCGCAGCAUCUACACAGUGAACAGUAAUGCCGAUUCCCGCUCGGAGCGCCCGGACACUGUGUACAUGGUGGUGCCCCUGCUGGGCGUGGCUCUUCUCAUCAUCAUUGCGCUCUUCCUCAUCUGGCGCUGUCAGCUGCAGAAGGCCACUCGCCGGCGUCCGGCCUACACCCAGAACCGAUAUCUGGCAAACCGGAACGCCCGCAGCCUCCCGCGCAUCCUGGUGCACCGCGACCCUCCCUCGCAUUCAGAGAACUCUCACGCCAAUGACAGGCCCAGUGUGGUGGUCAGCAGCGGAGAGAGGGGCGGGGCUUCGGUCACACCUCAAGACGCCCAUCAUCACACCAGCCACUCUCAGAACAAUCGCUCCUUGUACGUACAAGAUUCAUCUUUGUCUGUGGCUUCCCACCUGUCCGGGGCGACGCCACCGCCAUCCUACGAGGAAGUUACCGGCCACUUAGAGAGCAGCAGCGACGAGACGACAGCACCCUACAGUGAUCCUCCGCCAAAAUAUGAGGAGAUAGUGGUAGAAAAGUGAGCGCUUUCAGAAAAGAAGACAUGUAUAGUGGUAACCAAAUGUUAGGGAUGCACUGGUUCCCAAGCACUUAUCCUAAUGUGGCUCUCACUCCGAACAGAGUGUGCAGGCUAUGUGUGUGUAGUUGAUCGGUUCGUGGAUUGCACUGGUGUUUUUCAAGUCGCAAAGGGUCCUCCUGCCUUCACACUCCAUGCAGCCUUCUCACCAUUUCAGUGUACCUUUUCACUCCUCCUUCGACCUCUCUCACCACUACCCACGGCUGCAGUGGCUGCCCUUCAGAAAGAAAAAUGUAUAGAAGUCAGCGAAGAAGAGAUAUAUCCCUUACCGAGAGUUGAGCCGAGUUGUGCGCUGCAUGGUAAUGGCAUCAGGCAUCAAGCUUUAGAGCCUGCUAGGAAUCGAAAGGAGUGUUCAAGCGGGAAAACAAGAUGAUGUGCCAAAUCUAAUUGGUGUAUCGUAGAAACGUUCAGACGCACUGAAUAUUUAUAGUGUGUGUGCGUGCUGUCCUUGUGUUCAUAAAGUCAUGAUUUGACAAUUCCCUUACACCACGUAUACUAAUUCCUGUGAAAUCUUAUACCAGCAGUAUCUGAUCCAUGCCAACGUCCUUAGAAUUAGUAAUACACUCUUACUUGUAACACUGAUGGGAACAAAUCAGUGCAAAACACAACAUCCAAAUCGCACAUCUGUAAAACUAAAGACCGCCGUGUGGAAAAUGCACUCAUAGGUAUGCACACAAUUCGAUUGUUUACAUACACAUACACUGAAAUUUACAUAGAAUGUAAUGCGUUCGUUUUGUGUGGAGCUAGGCCUUAGAAACGUGUAAGAAUAGUCAAUCAAAUCGUCUGCUCGGUUUCGCUGUUGAUUUUAUGGUUAUUGAGAGAUUUUACCUCAAACGCUGUGCUCACACAAUCACUCUCUCCCAUGACACAAAUGCACAAAAUCUCUCUCACACACACAGGCACACACAAAACUGUGUUUGGGGCCCAAUCAUUGGAUAACACAACAUUCCAGGCCCUGGAUUUUCUUGUUUUGUUGUUCUCCCCGUUGUUCUCAGACUGUUUACAAUGUGUUUUAUUACCCUUUUUUUAUAACAGCGUAAAAACUGUGUGAAUUUGUACAAAGCUUUCUGUGGCUUUUGACAUCACCAGGUGCUAUACUGUACUAUAAUGCUGCUUGUUCUCACCUUGUUUCCCUCCUCAUCACUAUCUCUCUGUGUGUACUCUUGUGCUCUAACUAGUCAACCAAACUGCCCAUCUAUUACAUGCAGCUGAGUCAUGUUUUCCAGCUCAGGUUUAAGCCAAUGAACUGCUGCCAUUGUAGUAAAUGUGUAAAUAAUCUCUCACACUGCCAAAUUUUGAGUGACUGGGAUAUUCGUCACAUUUACGGAAGUUUUGCAUGCAAAAAAUGCAUAAGGGCGUUAGAUUGGCCUAGGCAGAUUCACUCAAACUAGCCGCUCUGACCACAAAAUUUAGCGAAUGUGACCAGAUGUUAGCAUUGUGAUGAAACAUCACUGUAUCAAUCCAACAUAAAGGUAAAAGUGAGAUUGCAAGGCAUCAGUGGGUUGUUGGGCAAAGCACUAAAACUAAUGAAGCCUUAAUAUAAUUGUGCUGAAAUCACUGUAUUAUAAAAUGCUAAUGCAAAAAGGGUUAGAACUUUAACAUGACCAAACGCUUUCAUCCAAACAGUAGAUCGAACAGAUUUAAUAUGUAUAUACACACACACGCGCACAUACAAGCACAGUAUUUGAAAGAUGCACUGGGGUUUGACCUUGCUUCUAUUCAUUGAAAAUGGAGGAAUUGCAAACUGCUUACUUGGC